AUGGUCGGGAUGGACCACUACGUCCUCCUCAGGCACUGCCUCAUGGGCUUCAAGCUCACGGCGUUGCCGGCGCUGCUGGGAAUUGUGUUGAUGGUGCUGGUCUACCGGACCGGGGGUAACGGCGAAGUGAACUUCAACGAGAUCACCAUGGCCAACGUGACGAAAGGGAGCACCAGGCUGUGGUACUCGGUGGCCUUCAUGUACAUCGUCGUCCUCUGGACUCUAUUGCUGUGGUGGAAGGAGUGGGAGAACUUCGUGCCCAAGAGGUUCAAGUUCCUGGCAGAGGGAGACCCGGACAUGAACAAGGAGGUGGCGUUCUCGACCAUGGUGGAGAACAUCCCCGAGGACAAGCGCUCCUCGCCGGCGCUCUACGGCUACUUCGACCACCUCUUCCCGGGCAAGGUUUCGUACGCCAGCCUGUGCAUGCACUCGAGUGACCUCGAGGCAACUCUGGGGAAGAAGCAGGAGGCUCUCGAGAAGGUCGAGCACGCCGUGGCGCAAAGGCACCUCGAACCCCCGAAGGAGACCAUGACCAGGGUGGGCGGGGUGGCCUGCUGCGGAGGAGAGAAGGUGUCGAGCGAGGCGCACUUCAAGGGAGAGCUCGCCAGGCUUCUCGGCGAGGCCGACAAGGAGCACUCCCGCAUCAGCCAGGUCGCUUCUCAGGGUGCCGGUUCAAGCGUGGCCUCGUCUACCGGUUUCGUGGCCUUCACGUCCGCCGCCACUAAGCUCGCCGCCGCCGGCCUCAGCCUGUCCGGAAAGCUCAACAACAUGGACGCCCACAAUGCCCCUGCGCCGAACGAUGUCAUCUGGGACAACGUGACCGCCACCGCUCUCUUCGUCGAGGGAAGGAAGAAGAUCGCCAACUGCGUCUGGAUGGCCGGGAUCCUGUUCUGGGCUAUCCCCGUGGCCGUGGUGCUGGCUAUCUCUGACCUGGACGCCCUGAAGCAGCGCUGGGACUGGAUCCCUCUCCCUUCGCCGAGCUCCUUCCUGUACGGCCUUAUCGCCGGUCUGCUGCCCGUCAUUGCCCUUGCCGUCCUCACCGCUAUCGUGCCGAUCGUCAUCAGAUUGGUCGCCAUCAAGUUCUGCCGCAUGAAGUCCGAGGCGGAUGUGGACCUCUACGUCUUCAAGUGGCACUUCGGAUUUCGAGUGGCUAACCUGUGGCUCCUCAUCAUCGGAGGUUCUAUCAUCAACCAGCUUGACCCAUUCAUCGAGGACCCCGCUUCAAUCAUCGACCUUCUCGGCGUCUCGGUUCCCGGCAAGGCUCAGUUCUUCUUGAACACGCUGAUCGUGUCUCUCCUGGCCGGACUGGCCAUGGACCUCAGCAGGAUCAUCCCCCUCAUCAUCAAGACCAUCCUGGGAGCGCUGGCCAAUGAUGUUGGCAAGUCUGACCGUGAGCUGAGGAAUGCUCAGGCCGCGCCGUCGUUGAACUGGGGUGUCUUCUACCCGCAGCUGCUGUUCGUGCUCCUGAUCGUGUUCUGCUACGCCGCCAUCGCCCCGAUCGUCCUGCCCACGGCCAGCUUGCUCUACCUGGGUUCCUACCUGGUGUACAAGAACCAGGCUCUGUACGUCUACGUGCAGACGGCGGAGAGCGGGGGAGGGUCCAUGUACCUGCUGUUCAGCUUCAGCAUGGCAUGUCUGUACAUCGGGGAGGUGGUUUUCCUGGCCUACAUCGGCAUCAAGGAAGGCGCCUACGAGACGAUCGCUGCGGUCGUGCUCAUCUUCAUCACCAUCUUCUGGCACAUGCAUGUGAACAAGAAGUUCGUGGAGAUGUCCAAGGUCCAGUGCCUCGAGGCCGCCGUCGCAGCAGACAACAAGCUUCUCAAGGCCACCGCUGCCCAGGGACCUUCGUCGUCGGCUGACCAUCCCUUCGAGGGCAAGGCCUACGUGCAGAGCUCUCUCAAGAAGAGCGAGUGGGAGACCACGCCCGAGGGUUACCGUGACCCUGCCAACGCGUCCAAGCUCCCGGGUUCCGAGAUGGACAACCGCGUUGUCGAGGAGAUUGCGGGCGCCGCCCUUAACGCGUGA